UUAAGGCGGUCGAUGGCCACCCGCGCGCCACGCAGCACCACUUAGCACCGCUGUGACACCCAGUGGAGCCCCUGUGUCGUGCUAAAACCCUGGACACUCAGUCUCCAGUGAAUAACCAGCUACCCUACCCCCUACCCCCUCCCUUUCUCUUCCUCUUCCUCUCUCUGUCAGUGCGUACUCGCCGUGCGUUCUGCAUGCGUCAAGGAAGCACCGUGCGUAACGGGAGAGUCGUGCGUAACGGGAGACAGAUUUCACUCCAUUUUGCACUGGGAUUCUGAGGACCACUGGCGGUGUAACGCAAGCUUGCAAGAAAACUGACCGCUGGAUCCCAAUAUAUUUCUACUUUAAAACAUCUCGGAGCUCGUAUUUUCUCCCUCCCUCUCUUCACUCUACGCCAGUCGUACGUCAGAGCUGACAUGACGACCGAGACCCCUCAGCAGCAGCUGGACCCUCCGCCUCCUCUGAGAUCCAGCCCGGCGUCCGGCGCCCUGCACCCCGCCAUGCUGAGCCAACAAGCCGCCACAGAAAGUUCGUCUACCGCCAUUAAAGGAAAGAAGACGGGCUCCGGUUUACGGCGACCGGAAAAGCCGCCGUACUCCUACAUCGCUCUCAUCGUUAUGGCAAUACAGAGCUCCCCCACCAAACGACUGACACUCAGUGAGAUCUACCAGUUCCUCCAAGCUCGCUUCCCGUUCUUCAGGGGCUCAUAUCAGGGCUGGAAGAACUCCGUCCGGCAUAAUCUUUCGCUGAACGAGUGCUUCAUCAAGCUGCCCAAAGGGCUGGGCAGGCCGGGGAAAGGCCACUACUGGACCAUCGAUCCGGGCAGUGAGUUCAUGUUCGAGGAAGGCUCGUUUCGUCGCAGACCCAGAGGCUUCAGAAGAAAAUGUCAAGCUCUGAAGCCCAUGUAUCGGAUGAUGAACGGCAUAGGCUUCGGCACCUCUAUCCUGCCGCAGAGUUUUGACUUUCAAGCUCCAUCCGCCACUCUCGCCUGUCACAGCAACGGCUACAACUUGGACAUGAUGAGUAAUUCAAUGGCCGGGGGAUACGACGGGCUGAGCGGUGGCCACCACGUACCGCACAUGUCCCCGAGCCCCGGUUCCACGUACAUGGCGAGCUGUCCUGUGCCGUCGAACGGGGACUAUGGACCGGACAGCAGCAGCAGCCCCGUACCGUCCUCUCCAGCCAUGGCCAGCGCGCUGGACGGCCACUCCCCGUACGCCAGUACAUCCGCACACUGGGCGUCCUCCGGCGGGUCCCCCUACAUCAAACAGCAGCCUCUAACCUCCAGCAGCCCCGCAUCCUCUGGUUUACACUCCGGCAUGUCGCCUUAUUCCCUGGAGCAGAGCUAUCUUCACCAGAACGGCAGGGACAGCCACAGCACCGACAUAUCAGUGGGGAUUCCACGUUAUCAGAGCCAUUCCUCGGUGUGCGACAGGAAAGACUUUGUGUUAAACUUCAACGGCAUCUCGUCCUUCCACCCUUCGGCUGGCGGAUCCUACUAUCACCAUCACCACCAUCACCAUCCCCAGAGCGUCUGUCAGGACAUCAAACCGUGCGUGAUGUGAGCUGCCCCCGUCACCGCGUGCGCGACGGUCACAGUGAAACUGCAGCUCCGUCACAAGAGAACAAACAAGCGGACAGUUUUGGAUGUAUCGUGGCGUCCGCUUUCACAUGUUUGCCUCCAACAUGCAGCCAAAGUAGCUUUCUUGGUUGGACUUGAGAAAACUAUGCAUUGAAGGAAAUGAAUGAAGAAACCCCAGAGGCCUUUCAAACAAAUUAAAUUUAAAAAAAACACUCAGCCAAUAUGAACCCCGACAAGCGUUUUCUUCUUCAAAAGAAGCUUCAGAAACACGACUUUUAAUGUGUUUGCUCUUGUAACAUGUGCAAACUAAUUAUAUUCCAUGUAACUAUGUUCUAUCCUAUUAGAGUAACUACACCUUGCACUUAUUGUAUAACCCUUUGCCAACUUUUUGUCCUGUAAAAGGUUUCAAUAAAGCUGAUAUAUAUUUUAGGCUA